AUGACAUUCGGCUGCUGCCUUCAGCAUUGGGUGUGAAGAAGAGAAAACGAGGACCCAAGAAGCAGAAGGAGAACAAGCCAGGAAAACCCCGAAAACGCAAGAAGCUUGACAGUGAAGAAGAAUUUGGUUCUGAACGAGAUGAGUACCGGGAGAAGUCAGAGAGUGGAGGCAGUGAAUAUGGAAUGGGACCAGGUCGGAAAAGGAGACGGAAGCACCGGGAAAAAAAGGAGAAGAAGACAAAGCGGCGGAAAAAAGGGGAGGGAGAUGGAGGACAAAAGCAGGUAGAACAGAAGUCGUCAGCAACUCUGCUUCUGACCUGGGGCCUGGAGGAUGUGGAGCAUGUGUUCUCUGAGGAGGAUUAUCACACACUCACCAACUACAAAGCCUUUAGCCAGUUUAUGAGGCCCCUAAUUGCUAAGAAGAACCCUAAGAUCCCAAUGUCCAAGAUGAUGACCAUCCUCGGGGCCAAAUGGAGAGAGUUCAGCGCCAACAAUCCCUUCAAGGGGUCAGCAGCUGCUGUGGCGGCGGCGGCAGCAGCGGCGGCUGCAGCUGUGGCUGAGCAGGUGUCAGCUGCUGUCUCAUCGGCUACCCCUACGCCCCCUUCCGGAACCCCUGCCCUCCUGCCACCCCCUGCUGCCGAUAUCCAGCCCCCACCCAUCCGACGCGCCAAAACCAAAGAGGGCAAAGGUCCAGGCCAUAAGAGGCGGAGUAAGAGUCCCCGAGUGCCCGAUGGACGCAAGAAGCUUCGGGGAAAGAAGAUGGCACCACUUAAAAUCAAACUAGGGCUGUUGGGUGGCAAGAGAAAGAAGGGCGGUUCGUAUGUUUUGCAGAGUGACGAGGGCCCUGAAGCAGAGGCUGAAGAGUCAGACCUGGACAGUGGCAGUGUCCACAGUGCCUCAGGCCGGCCUGAUGGCCCUGUCCGCACCAAGAAACUAAAGAGAGGCCGACCAGGGAGGAAGAAGAAGAAGGUCCUGGGCUGUCCUGCAGUGGCCGGGGAGGAGGAGGUUGAUGGCUACGAGACGGAUCACCAGGAUUACUGUGAGGUGUGCCAGCAGGGUGGGGAAAUUAUUCUGUGCGACACCUGCCCUCGUGCCUACCACCUCGUCUGCCUUGAUCCUGAGCUUGACCGGGCUCCUGAGGGCAAAUGGAGCUGCCCCCACUGUGAGAAAGAGGGGGUUCAGUGGGAGGCCAAGGAAGAGGAGGAAGAAUAUGAAGAGGAAGGAGAAGAAGAAGGGGAGAAGGAGGAAGAGGAUGAUCACAUGGAAUACUGCCGCGUGUGCAAGGAUGGUGGGGAGCUGCUGUGCUGCGAUGCUUGCAUCUCCUCCUACCACAUCCACUGUCUGAACCCACCCCUGCCUGACAUCCCCAACGGUGAAUGGCUGUGUCCCCGAUGCACAUGCCCUGUGCUGAAAGGUCGUGUGCAGAAGAUCCUGCAUUGGCGGUGGGGGGAGCCACCUGUGGCAGUGCCAGCCCCCCAACAGACUGAUGGAAAUACAGAUGCCCCACCCCCUCGUCCUCUUCAAGGCAGAUCGGAGAGAGAGUUCUUUGUCAAGUGGGUAGGACUGUCCUACUGGCACUGCUCCUGGGCCAAGGAGCUUCAGCUGGAAAUCUUCCACUUGGUAAUGUACCGAAACUACCAAAGGAAGAAUGACAUGGAUGAGCCGCCACCCCUGGACUAUGGCUCUGGUGAGGAUGAUGGGAAGAGUGACAAGCGCAAGGUGAAAGAUCCACACUAUGCAGAGAUGGAGGAGAAGUACUAUCGUUUUGGCAUCAAGCCAGAGUGGAUGACUGUCCACCGUAUCAUCAACCACAGUAUGGAUAAAAAGGGGAAUUACCACUAUCUAGUGAAAUGGAGGGACUUGCCAUAUGACCAGUCUACAUGGGAAGAAGAUGAAAUGAACAUCCCUGAAUAUGAAGACCAUAAGCAAAGCUACUGGAGACACCGAGAAUUAAUUAUGGGAGAGGAUCCUGCUCAGCCCCGCAAGUACAAGAAGAAGAAGAAGGAACUUCAGGGUGAUGGACCUCCCAGUUCUCCUACUAAUGAUCCUACAGUGAAAUAUGAAACUCAGCCAAGGUUUAUCACCGCCACUGGUGGCACACUGCACAUGUAUCAGCUGGAAGGGCUGAACUGGCUACGCUUCUCAUGGGCCCAGGGCACGGACACAAUUCUGGCUGAUGAGAUGGGACUGGGCAAGACCAUACAGACCAUCGUCUUCCUCUACUCACUCUAUAAAGAGGGCCAUACAAAGGGUCCUUUCCUGGUGAGUGCCCCACUCUCUACUAUCAUCAACUGGGAGCGGGAGUUCCAGAUGUGGGCACCCAAGUUCUAUGUGGUUACAUACACGGGUGACAAGGACAGCCGGGCCAUCAUUCGUGAGAAUGAAUUUUCCUUCGAGGACAAUGCCAUCAAAGGUGGCAAGAAAGCUUUUAAAAUGAAGAGGGAGGCACAGGUGAAAUUCCAUGUUCUCCUGACAUCGUAUGAGCUGAUCACCAUCGAUCAGGCAGCACUUGGCUCCAUCCGCUGGGCCUGCCUUGUGGUGGAUGAGGCCCAUCGGCUCAAGAACAACCAAUCCAAGUUUUUUAGGGUCCUCAAUGGCUACAAGAUAGACCACAAGUUGCUGCUGACAGGGACUCCACUGCAGAAUAAUCUGGAGGAACUCUUCCAUCUGCUGAACUUCCUCACCCCAGAGAGGUUUAACAAUCUGGAAGGCUUCCUGGAGGAGUUUGCUGACAUAUCCAAAGAGGACCAGAUUAAGAAACUGCAUGAUUUGCUGGGGCCACAUAUGUUGCGGAGGCUCAAGGCUGAUGUCUUUAAGAACAUGCCAGCAAAGACAGAGCUCAUAGUUCGAGUGGAGCUGAGCCCCAUGCAGAAAAAAUACUACAAGUACAUCCUUACUCGAAAUUUUGAGGCUUUGAAUUCACGAGGUGGCGGGAACCAAGUGUCGCUGCUUAACAUCAUGAUGGAUCUUAAGAAGUGCUGCAACCAUCCAUACCUCUUUCCUGUGGCUGCUAUGGAGUCCCCAAAACUCCCCAGUGGGGCUUAUGAGGGUGGGGCACUUAUUAAGGCUUCUGGAAAACUCAUGCUGCUGCAGAAGAUGUUGCGGAAACUGAAGGAGCAAGGACACAGAGUACUCAUCUUCUCGCAGAUGACCAAAAUGUUAGACUUGCUAGAGGAUUUCUUAGACUAUGAAGGCUACAAGUAUGAACGCAUUGAUGGUGGCAUUACCGGUGCUCUGAGGCAGGAAGCCAUCGAUAGGUUCAAUGCUCCUGGGGCCCAACAAUUCUGCUUUCUCCUGUCCACCCGAGCUGGAGGCCUGGGCAUCAAUCUAGCUACUGCUGACACCGUUAUCAUCUUCGAUUCUGACUGGAACCCCCAUAAUGACAUCCAGGCCUUCAGCCGGGCUCAUAGGAUCGGCCAGGCCAACAAAGUGAUGAUAUACCGCUUUGUGACUCGAGCAUCAGUGGAAGAGCGAAUCACACAAGUAGCCAAGAGAAAGAUGAUGCUGACACAUCUGGUGGUGCGGCCUGGGCUGGGCUCCAAGGCAGGCUCCAUGUCCAAGCAGGAGCUGGAUGACAUCCUCAAAUUUGGCACUGAGGAGUUGUUUAAGGAUGAAAACGAGGGAGAGAACAAGGAGGAGGACAGCAGUGUGAUUCACUAUGACAAUGAGGCCAUUGCUCGGCUGUUAGACCGGAACCAGGAUGCAACUGAGGACACUGACGUACAGAACAUGAAUGAGUAUCUCAGCUCCUUUAAGGUGGCUCAGUAUGUGGUGCGGGAAGAAGACAAGAUUGAGGAAAUUGAACGAGAAAUUAUCAAGCAGGAGGAGAAUGUGGACCCCGACUACUGGGAGAAGCUGCUGAGGCAUCACUAUGAACAACAGCAGGAAGACUUAGCUAGGAAUCUUGGCAAGGGCAAGCGGGUUCGAAAGCAAGUUAACUACAAUGAUGCUGCCCAGGAGGACCAAGAUAACCAGUCAGAAUAUUCAGUGGGUUCAGAGGAGGAAGAUGAAGACUUUGAUGAGCGUCCUGAAGGACGUCGACAGUCCAAGAGGCAGCUCCGGAAUGAAAAGGACAAGCCCCUGCCUCCACUGCUGGCUCGAGUUGGGGGCAACAUUGAGGUAUUGGGAUUCAAUACUCGCCAGCGGAAAGCUUUCCUCAAUGCAGUGAUGCGCUGGGGGAUGCCGCCCCAGGACGCCUUCACCACACAGUGGCUUGUGCGGGACCUGAGGGGCAAGACUGAGAAGGAGUUCAAGGCCUAUGUAUCUUUGUUCAUGCGCCAUCUCUGCGAGCCUGGGGCAGAUGGCUCUGAAACCUUUGCUGAUGGGGUCCCUCGGGAGGGACUGAGUCGCCAGCAAGUGUUGACCCGGAUUGGAGUCAUGUCCCUCGUCAAGAAGAAGGUACAGGAGUUUGAGCACAUCAAUGGGCGCUGGUCGAUGCCUGAGCUGAUGCCUGACCCCAGUGCUGACUCCAAGCGCUCCUCCAGAGCCUCCUCUCCUACCAAAACAUCUCCCACCACCCCUGAGGCUUCUGCUACAAACAGUCCUUGCACCUCUAAACCUGCUACUCCAGCUCCCAGUGAGAAAGGGGAUGGUAUAAGGACACCUUUUGAGAAGGAUGAAGCAGAAAACCAGGAGGAGAAGCCAGAAAAGAAUAGCAAAAUUGGGGAGAAGAUGGAGACAGAGACUGAUGCCCCUAGCCCAGCUCCAUCGCUAGGGGAGCGGCUGGAGCCAAGGAAGACUCCUUUAGAGGAUGAGGUGCCAGGGGUACCUGGAGAGAUGGAAACUGAACCUGGGUACCGGGGGGACAGAGAGAAGUCAGCCACAGAUUCGACGCCAAGAGAGAGGGGGGAGGAGAAGCCGUUGGAUGGACAGGAACACAGGGAGAGGCCGGAGGGGGAAACAGGGCAUUUGGGCAAGAGAGAAGAUAUAAAGGGGGACCGGGAGCUUCGACCUGGGCCUCCUCGAGACGAGCCACGGCCCAAUGGGCGACGGGAGGAAAAGGCAGAGAAGCCGCGUUUCAUGUUCAACAUCGCAGACGGUGGUUUCACAGAGCUUCACACACUGUGGCAGAAUGAGGAACGGGCAGCUAUUUCCUCGGGGAAACUCAAUGAGAUCUGGCAUCGAAGACACGACUAUUGGCUUCUGGCUGGGAUUGUUCUCCAUGGUUACGCACGGUGGCAAGACAUCCAGAAUGAUGCUCAAUUUGCCAUUAUCAAUGAGCCAUUUAAAACUGAAGCCAAUAAAGGGAACUUUCUGGAGAUGAAAAAUAAGUUUCUGGCCCGGAGAUUCAAGCUCCUGGAGCAGGCGCUGGUGAUCGAGGAGCAGCUGCGGCGGGCGGCCUACCUGAACCUAUCACAGGAGCCGGCGCACCCCGCCAUGGCCCUCCACGCCCGCUUCGCCGAGGCCGAGUGCCUGGCCGAGAGCCACCAGCACCUCUCCAAGGAGUCCCUGGCAGGGAACAAGCCGGCCAACGCAGUCCUGCACAAGGUUCUGAACCAGCUGGAGGAGUUGCUGAGCGACAUGAAGGCGGACGUGACCCGCCUGCCAGCCACGCUGUCCCGAAUACCCCCCAUCGCAGCCCGCCUUCAGAUGUCCGAGCGCAGCAUCCUCAGCCGGCUGGCCAGCAAGGGCACGGAGCCUCACCCCACACCGGCCUUUCCCCCGGGUCCCUACGCCACACCUCCGGGGUACGGGGCAGCCUUCAGCGCCGCUCCCGUAGGGGCCCUGGCCGCCGCAGGCGCCAAUUACAGCCAGAUGCCUGCAGGGUCCUUCAUCACAGCCGCCACCAACGGCCCUCCAGUGCUGGUGAAGAAGGAGAAGGAAAUGGUGGGGGCGUUGGUGUCAGACGGGCUGGAUCGGAAGGAGUCCCGAGCCGGGGAGGUGAUCUGUAUAGACGACUGACUGGAUCCCAGGCCUGCCCUUCACCCAGGCCCCGCCCCAGAGGCCGACCCUCAGCUCAGGCUCUGGUGCCUGCUGCCAAUCCUCCACCUUCCCCAAACCUUGGGCCGCCACUGGGCUAGAAGCCCCUUUACCCCUCUCUACAACUCCUCUCUUCAAGAAGGGCCCUUUGUCUUUCUCCAUUCCCAUGUACCUUUCCCACCACGCUUUGAAGACUGCUGGUGAGAAGAGGUCUGGGUGGGAAGUGGUUAGCAGGGUCUUCCAAGUACCUUUAUCCCCCACUGCCAAACAUACACAGCUUCCCAGUAAAUGGUUGUGGGGAGGAAAGAGGUGGAGCCUCCCCAGUCUUUACACCUGCAAUACAAGCCCCACCUCCUACAGAAGUGGGGAAUCAGCUUGCCUGGCCUUUAGAAACUUUGGUGGGGAAAAGAGCUUUGAAGAGAGGAGGGCAACUUUAGAGAGGGAUGACAAUGAGCCUUGGGAGGGAGGAAAGGAAGAGGAGGGGUGGCUGCAUGUUUCCUUCCCCUACUUCUCCCCAGAUGGGGGGAGAGCAGUUACAAGGGAGGGAGUCAAUUGCUGUUCAGCCUGAGAAUAAAGGCACUGUUCACUGGCUCAUUUACCUCCUGCGUACCGGCAUCUUGUGUUGGAAAUCUCCCCCCGACCCCCACCCCCAGGGACCAAGGACCACCUCUACAAAGAGUAAUGGUUGGGUGAUAACUCCCUCAAGCCAAAGAGGAGCCCCUCCAAUCUAUCCUAGGGAUGCAGGUAACCUAGAAAGAACACAACAGGCCAGACAUGGGGGGAGGAUCUAGUUCAGGGGCUCAGGUUCUUGAAGGACUUGUACCCUCCCUUCUGAAGGCCUGGAUACAGACUUAAAUUUGAUUGGGCCAGACAGGGAGUCUAGUCACGGGACUACUUUGCCUUUGGGACCAGAGCAAAACAGUGGAGGGCAGGCUGGGGAGACUUGGUCCAUCCUCCUCCCCAGGAGGGGCCGGGGAGAGUGGCAGUUUGCAUGGCGAACCCCCCACUUCCUCUUCGCUGCCCCUUCACUUUCUUGCUGCCCCCUUCCCAGUCUUUUCAUACCCACUCCUGCCCUGUCCCAGUCCCCUCUUCUGUAUCAGGUUUAUUGGUUGUACAUAUAAAUUAUACUUUCCUUUCUG